GAAGAAUACAAGUCUCCGCUCUCGCUCGUUCAGCUAGCCCGCGCUCAACUCAGCUGUUGUAUUACCAUUACAUAGUCAGUAGCGGUAGUUUCGGUGCCUCGAGUAUUCUCCACGUCUAGCCUGUACAGAAAAGCAGCCGAGAUGAGCUCCAGGAGGGCAGUUCAGACGGCUGUGACUUGGGGAAAGAUCCAGAGUCAGAGCUGCAACCAGGCGCACAAGAUCGCCAAGAAACCCAAGGCAGUGAAUGUUUGGCAGCUUGCUCCAGCGACCAAUACAGACGUCGUGGGUUUGAAUAAGAGCUCCACGUCUUCCCGACCCGCUGCUGAUCUUCGUGUCACGUCACCUGCAACGAAUAACAAAGACGGCAUGGAAGCCUUAGUCGGAGUUGGUAUGGCAGCGGCAGGCGCAGCCACAGCUGUAGUGGCCGCCCCGGCUGUUGUAGCCGCGGUUGGCUUUGGUACGGUCGGCAUUGCUGCCGGGUCGGUUGCCAGCGGUAUGAUGUCGGCAUCUGCCAUUGCCAGUGGCGGUGGUGUGGUUGCAGGCGGUGCUGUUGCCGUCCUGCAAUCGGCCGGGGCUGGUGGUGCAGGUCUGGUGCUGGUGAAGGGAGUGGCUGCGGCCACUGGGGCUGCGGUGGGCGCAGGUGCCGCAGGUGUUGCUGCUAUCGUCGGAUGAGGUAGAGAUGCUUGUUGUCUGCAGUAAGCCGCUGAGCUAGCUAUUGUUCAUGAAUGUGUGUCUCUACCACCUGCACGUCUUCACACUGUUCUCAUUGUCCAUGCUGCCUUUGCCAGUAUACUGUAUGCUGUGAAAGUUGCGGAUCUUCUCUUUCCCCCUGUUUUUGGCAGUAAUAAUGAUUCUAAACGUUUGGAAAAACAUAAACACAAUACUCAAAUCCCUCAUACUUAUUCACGUGUCUUGCAUCCUACAAAGUGUGUCUUUAGCUCUUUCAUCAUGGAAGACACCUUGCUGCCGAAGAAGUUUCAACCACAUUUCCAUAAAGCAUAUUAUUAUGGUCUUCCAGCACUUUGUCAUUCCUUUCUCUUUUUGUUGUGAAGUCAAGUUCAUCUCCUCUGUCACACAGUCUGUUUUGCUCCAAUGUAAUCUCCUCCCUGCAGCGCAUUUCCAUAUCACCAAUCAAACUUAUAAUUAUUAGCAUGAAAGUCUGAUACCUUCUUCUCUGUA